UGGGAGGGAGCGGGCCCCGCUGACGAGCGGGGGGCUGGCGGAGCGCUGGUGACGGGCGGCCUGAGAUCGCGGGCCGCGGGGGGGGGGCGAACGCUGGAGUUUGCGGUGAAGACAGAAGGAAAGGUGCUGGGGUCUGCUGGUGUCGGGGCUCCAUGGCGUGCCGGGAGCUGCAGGCGGCCACCGGCCUGGCCCUGCUCUGCGGCCUCUGCUCCCUGGCCGGACUGCUGACCGCCACCCUGCUGCCCCGCUGGCGUCUGCAGCGACUCACCUCCCCCAACCGGCAUGAGCAGAACCUGACGGUCAGCGCGGGGCUGUGGAUCCGCUGCGUCCGCCCGCAAGGGGAGGGGCGCUGUGCCUACCGGGACGCGGAGUGGUACCGCUCGCUGGACCAGCUGGACCUGCGGCUGCUGCAGCUGGCCCUGCCCCUGGCGCUGGCCUCCGCCUCGGCCGCUGCUCUGCUGGGAGCCCUGGGGGCGUGCCGGGCGGCCUGCAGCGGGCGGGCGCCCCGGGCCGGUCUCGCCCGCUGCCUGGUCAACAGCGCCGGCUGCCAGCUGGGCGCCGGGCUGCUGUUCCUCCUGUCGGCCGGGCUGGCGCUGGGACCCACAGCCUGGCUCCUGCUCCACACCGGCCGGCUGAACCGGCGCUACGGUCCGGCCUGGAGCGCCGGGCCCGCCGCCUACCUGGCCCUGGGCAGCGGGGCGGGGCUGGCGGUGGCCGGGACCCUGCUCCUGCUCUGGUACUGCGCCUGCCGCCCCCUGCCCGCCCCACUCUGGCAGCCGCUGCCCGCCGGGGUGCCCCCCCACCACUACCCCCUGCCCGCCUACCUCUCCGCCCCCUCCAGCCGGCGGUCACGCCUCUCCACCCUGGAGAUCGACAUCCCCGUGGUCAGGCAGCAGACCUGCUAGGGGCGGAGGUCCCGAGGGGGGGACAGGGGGCGUAGGGGGGAGGGGUGGGGUGGCCGGGUCCCUCUGCCUGACCCCCAAACACACACACAGGGUGGGCACAGAGAAGGAGAGAGAGAGACCCCCCUUCACUGACACACACACACACACACACACACACACACACACACACACACACACACUGGGGUGGGAUAGAGAGAGAGGGAGAUCCCUCCCUCACUGACACACACACCAGGGGUGGGAGAGAGAGAGACCCCCCCCCCCUCACUGACUCUCUCUCUCACACACACACACGCACAUGCUGUGACAGAGAGGGACCCCUCUCACUGACUCACUGGGAUUGAGAGAGACCCCCCCCCGAGAGUCUCUCCUCUCUCUCGCCACCCACAAACACACACACCUCUCUCCCCCCCCCACACACACACACACACACGGUGGGAUGGAGAGAAACCCCCCUCACUGACAGUCUCUCUCACUCACACACACACACACACACACACACACACCAGCCCACCCGCUGCAUCCCCUGUACUCCGCGACUGAGCCAUGUUGUGGACCGUGCACCCUGUAACUGGUGUCUGGUCUGACUGCCUGUGUGGAGGGUGGCUGGGAACCCACAUACCCCUCCUCCUCCUCCGCUGAUCCUCAGCUGUUCUUGCUUGGGGGUGGGUGCCCUCGACGAGUACGGUCAUCGGUUACCCCCGCCCCCCUUGAGUGUGAGCCGCCCCCUCGAACGGCUGCCGUCCGUGUGCCGAAGGUGCUGUCACGGUGAAGGAACGGCGAUCUGGAUAGUGUGUGUGUGGGGGGUAGGGUGGGGGGCGUGGGGGUGGGUGAUCCCCUCUCCUCCCGGCCGGGCAGCCGUGAAGAGUGAGGAGGCUGUGGCUGCUGGACUCUGGAGUGAAGAUGGACGGAAGGUGGUCUCGGCGGAUCGAGCAGCAUCCGCGGAGGGGAGAGGCGCGGCGGGGGGGGGGGGGGGGGGCACCCUGGGGCGCGGGGGGCGGGUGACGGUGGUGCGUUUUGCGUAGACGGUGCAGUGCUUGUGUCCUGUGCACAGGCUGUCGUAAACGUGCGGAGCUGUGAGGCGCCGGUCGCGUGUGAAGGAGCCGGGGCAGGGGGAGGGAGCGAGGUGGGGGGGGGCCAUCCCACUGGUACCUUUGAUGGGAUCAGUCCCUGUUUCAACCACCCCCAUCACAUCCCACCACUUCUCCCCUCCACUCCCCCUCCCCACCCCUUCCCCUCCCAUCACUUCCCCCCCCACCUCCUCCCUCUCCCCCCACACCCCCAUCCCAUCUCCACCCCCUCCCCUCCCACCUCCCCAUCCUGUCCCACCUUACCCCACCCCCCCAGAGGACACUGAGAACCCAGCUCCCCUUCCACACGCUGUUCCCCCCCCCCCAACCACCAGCCCCUGCGGGUGGGAUUGAGGGGUGUCCCUGCAGUGGUGUCCUGGUGACCGGGAAUGAUCUCUCUCGCUCUGCCGACCCCGGUUCCUGGAUCCCGCCUCGGGGGGGGGGGGGGGGGGGGGGGGGAGGUGGGGGGAGGUGUGGGAACCGCUGGCUGUGAGUGUCCCUGUGUCCUAUGGAGAGUUCUGGUGUCUGUGACUGUCGGCAGUGGGAGUGCUUUCCAAUAAAGGUAUUUGUCAACACC